CACUCAUCUCGCCCUAAAAAACCAUCGUCACGGAAACACAGUCCCUCGGCCAUGAUCGUCGACAGGUCGCGAUGCCCGGCCCACACGCGCACGCCCUGGGAGAAGCCGUCUCACCGCUGCGACUAUCGCCUUCGCUAUCUCCUCAUGGGCCUCCUCGUCGUGCUCUUCGCGGGCGUCAUGAUCCUUGGCAUCGUCUACACCUUCAUUCGUGGCGGGCUUGGCGCCGGUCAGGCUUCGAGCUGUCGGCGAACAAACUCGCUGGAACGCGUCGCCGUGCCCCGUGUCUCUCCGAAUCUGCCGCAACACGCAUCUCUUUUCCUUGUUUCCCCAACAUCAACCAAGUCCCGUGAAUCUCCUCGCGAUGGCAAUGCACAGCUAUCAAGGACCUUGGAAAGAUAUCCUUGGUAAAAGUGCUACUUGUUAGGGUGGCGUCUACGUAAUUAUAGUCCUUCUAAGUCUAAGCAAGUCAUGCUUACGCUUUAUACAAUACCCGUCUUAUACAUGUAAUAAACAUAUC